UUGUCAGAUGGAUAUUGCAGCACCUCGGAGCUUCAGAUGUUCCUCGCCUGUGAUCAUUCUCCUUCAUCCUCCACCAACAUGGAUCUCUUGUUUGUCGCAAGACGAUUUAUGAUAUUGAACAGAGCGAUUGCUCUCACUUACACCAGCUAUCUCCUUCAAGUGGAUUUCUGAAACAAGGUAGAUUACUUCAGUAUGCUGAACCAUCCUUCACCUGCAACAUGUCAGUGCCUUUUACUCUCCCUCCUGCUGCUGGUGUGUGGCUGGAACAAGGCAGCCUGUUCUCUUGGGGAGGGCAGGAAGAUUUGGCAACAGCCCAAGCCGGACCCCAUCAACAAGGAUCAGUCUUUCCUUCAUGACAACUUCCCUUCAGGAUUUCUUUGGGGUUCAGGGACAUCAGCCUUCCAGACUGAGGGAGCCUGGAAUCAGGGGGGGAAAGGGCCAUCCAUCUGGGACCAUUUCACCCACUCCACUGCCAGUACUAAUUUGGCAACCGAGACUGCUGAUGCAGCCAGUGACAGCUACACUCGCUGGGAAGAAGAUGUGGAAGCAUUAAAGUAUCUUGGUGUAAGAUCAUACUCUUUCUCUCUCUCCUGGCCCAGACUCUUCCCAGAUGGGAAUGCCAGAGGUCAGCCCAAUACAGCUGCUGUGGAGCAUUACACCCGCCUCAUAAAGAGGCUUCUGGAAAAGAAAAUUGAGCCCAUCGUCACUCUCCAUCACUGGGACCUGCCACAAGUCCUACAGGAGCACUAUGGAGGCUGGAGAAAUGACACGCUGGUGGGACUGUUCGAGGAGUAUGCUGCUUUUUGUUUUCGCACAUUUGGGAGCCGUGUUAGGUACUGGCUUACAAUGCAUAAUCCAUACCUGGUGGCUGUACAGGGGUAUGGGACGGGUGUGCAUGCUCCUGGAGAAACUGGGGGUCCAGCUGGCUCUCUCAUUGCGGCCCAUAAUUUAAUAAGGGCACAUGCCAAAGCUUGGCACACCUACAACUCCCACUUCCGUGCAACACAGAAGGGUCAAGUAUCCAUUGUUUUGGGAUCCCACUGGGUUGAGCCACAAAGAAGCCAAGCCAUGGCUGCCAAUGUUGAGCUUUGCCAGCAGUCAAUAGAGUCUGUCCUUGGCUGGUUUGCCCACCCCAUCUUUGGUGACGGGGACUACCCAGUCUCUUUAAAAAUCAAGCAUGGAUCCCUCUUGCCUACAUUCUCCCCUGAGGAGAAGCUCUGGGUACAGGAAACAGCUGAUUUUUUUGCUCUGUCCUUUGGACCUAACAUCCUCCGUCUGGGCCGGAGACUGGUCCAGUAUGGGCAGACUGUGACCCCAGACCUGAGGCGUGCACUGGGCUGGAUAAAGCUGGAAUAUGGGGACCUGAGGGUGCUGGUCGCUGAGGGAGGCUGGUUUACUGAAGCCAGUGUGGGAAAGGAGGACACGAUAGCCAUUUAUCUGAUGAAGAGGUUUAUCAACCAGGUCCUGCAAGCAAUCAAGUUUGAUGGUGUCCAGGUAAUUGGCUACUCUGCUUGGUCACUGGUGGAUGGGUUUGAGUGGAAUAAUGGCUUCACAAUUAGGCGAGGCCUUUUCUACAUUGACUUCAGCCAACCAAACAGAACCAGGACCCCUAAGACCUCUGCUCAGUACUACAGACGUGUUAUCGCUGACAAUGGUUUCCCUAGUGAUGAAAGAGUGAUCAAAGGCCGUUUCCCUUGUGAAUUUCACUGGGGUAUUGCUGACUCAACUUUAGAAGUCCACUUCUACCCAUUCUCACCACAGUUUACUGACCCCCAUUUGUACAGCUGGAACUUGACAGGAGACAAAUCAUUGCAUCCAGUCCCAGGGGUGACGUUGCACACCAGACAAGCUCAGUGCACUGACUUUUUGGCUAUUCGUGAUCAUCUUCGUCUCUUCACAUCGACUGGGGCAUCUCACUAUCGCUUUGCCCUAAACUGGUCUCUGAUUUUACCCCAGGGAGACCUCUCUAAUGUGAACACUGAAGCUCUGAGGUACUACCGCUGUGUCCUGACCGAACUCAAGAAGCUGGAUCUGGAGGCUAUCGUAAUUCUCUACUAUCCCACGUACAGAGCUCCAAAUCUGGGCUUGCCUGGUCCACUGCAUGCCUCAGGUGGUUGGCUCAACUCCAGCACAGUGGGGGCCUUUCAGGAAUACGCAGCACUGUGUUUCCAGCAGCUGGGGUCCUCGGUUUCAUACUGGAUCACCAUCAAUGAGCCAAACAGACUGGUAGACGUUUAUUCCAGUGGGAAAGAAAUGCAUGAGGCAGCUCAUAGCCUUCUUCUGGCUCAUGCAAAAGUCUGGAGGCUGUAUGAGAGGGAAUAUUCUAGUCAACAGAGGGCAAUGGUAUCACUCGCAUUACACGCCGACUGGGUCGAACCUGCAAACCCAUUCCUGGAGUCGCAUAAAGCAGCAGCACAGAGAUUUCUUUUGUUUGAACUUGGUCGCUUCUUAGACCCAUUACUGGGGACUAGAUAUGAGAAAGAAAAGCAUAACAAGGGGGACUAUCCGCAAGAACUGAAGGCAUACUUGGAAGAGAGAGCUCGAGUAAUGGGCCUCCCUGGAUCCCCUCUUCCUAACUUCACUGAGACUGAGAGGGAGGAGCUGAGAGGGACAUUGAGUUUUAUCUCACUGAACCAUUUUACCACCCGUUUGGUCUCUCCAUACCCUGACACACAGAUCCAAUUUCAGCAGAAACAACCUCCUGAUCAUGGCUGUAUGAUGCUUUCUGAUCCCACCUGGCCAUCCUCCAGCAUGGGGCAGGCUCUUGUACCCUGGGGCCUGCGGAAGAUCCUGAACUGGGUGAGCCAGAGAUAUGGAGGAGCUUUGCCAGUCAUCGUCACAGCCAGUGGGGUUGAUGACCGAGCUCCCAUGGAGGAUAAACUGAGACAACACUUUCUCAGAAGUUAUCUGCAAGAAGCCUUUAAAGCUCGCCAAAUAGAUAAAGUCAACCUGCAGGGCUUCUACAUGUGGAAACUGCAAGAUCGACACGCCCCCCAGUUUGGACUUUUCACCUCAACCCACUACCAAUCCAAAGCCAAAGCCUCCAUCGCUGUCUACAGAGAGAUCAUCACUCGUGGUGGUUUUCCUGAGGGCAACACCACACAGACCUGUAGGUCUAACAAGCGGCAUAAAUCUUGCUCUGUAUGUGCUUGGAUGUUCAAGAACAAAGCAAUACUGGUAUUUGGAGGCUGCCUCCUAAUAUCGUCUGUUAUGUUGAUAGCACUUGUCAUCAUCACCAAGAGAAAUCAAACAAGAAGCAGGGGGAGGGGGGCGAAUAGGAGGAACAGGAGGUGAAAAGGGGAAGUUCCUGUGUACUCACCUACACAAAUUAAGUGCUAACUGUAUUGACACUGUAAUGUAGCAGACAAACUGUGUAUGGCAACGAAGAGCAAUGAUCUCUAUAUUUGUGUCUGGUCCAAUAAUGCUGCAUAUAUCUGUGCUGGUGACAAAUGUGUGAUAGGUUUACCAACAAUUACUGUCAAGAGGAAGUGUAUCCAUCAGUUUUACUGUAGGGUUAUUUAAUUGUUGAGUAAUCAAUGAGAACUGUUAAAUGGCAACAGGAAAUUGCAACAUAUUUACUAAACGCCAAAGACUCUGGCUGGCUCAUGUUGUUCUUUUACAAAAGUUGAUGAUUGAUUGACGAAAAAGGAAAUGCAUGACCUAAUUGUACACCUUAUGACCUCCAUUAUAUAGAAAAUAUGUCACUGCUAUGAUUCCAGAGUUGUUAUAAAGUCAGUGGUCAUUAUAUUGUGUAGAUCAGACUAAAAUGUGACUUUAAUAUAUUUUAUAUGAUAUGUAUAUGUCUAGAUUUAAUUGUGAAUGGUGCCAGUGUUUGUAAGUAUAACUCUUAAAAAAUAUUUUCAAGUGGUGUCCACCUGGAUGGUGUCCUUUCAAACAAGACAUGUUUACAGUUUGCUACAGACUGUGUGAAGCUCCAUGGGACAAUAAUGCCCCCUAGUGUCACCACAGUUUGCAGUUCUGAUAAAUAAAAUAGGAUGUUGCUUGCAUGUUAGUGUCUAGAAAUGUUUGUGACUGUGGAACAUUGAAAUUACUUUAUAUUUCAGAAGUUGAAAUGAUUGUUGCUAGGGGGUACAGACUACAUUAGAGUACAGUUAAGCAUGUGACAUAUCUGAAUGACUGCACCUUCAGCACCUUGAAUCAAUGGCCUGUAUCUUAAUUGUUCUAUGAUGAUCUAUCUAUCUAUCUAUCUAUCUAUCUAUCUAUCUAUCUAUCUAUCUAUCUAUCUAUCUAUCUAUCUAUCUAUCUAUCUAUCUAUCUAUCUAUCUAUCCUAUUCUCAUGGCAUUUAUUGGAAAAACAAGUGUUUAAGUUAUCUUUUAAUGCAAACAAACUUAAACAGUAAACAGGGUUUCACACAAUAACUAAU